AUGAAGAAAAGAUCGCGACGAGGGAGGGGGAGGGGCAAGAGAGGCGCCCCAGCACCCAAGGAGACAGCCUCUGGGGGAGGUUUGGACAACCCAUCCACCUCUUCCCCUGCCCUCAGCGAGGACACAGAGGUCGAGGACGGUCCCGAGGCGACCCCUGACCCACAAGGGGAAGAUAACUGUGGAAUCGACGGGCCCGUAACUCCGUUCUCUUCUUCAAGUAAUCGACAUUGUGACGGCGCCGUAAGUGAAAACGUUGACUCGAAUCUCACGGCAACGCCGGCUGAUAGAUCCGGAAACGUACCCAGCCCGGCUUAUUUAUCCGGCGUCCCGGCUUAUUUGACCGGCGCCCCGGCCUACUUGACCGGCGCCCCCGCCCACAGUAGCAGCAGCAACAGCAGCGUAGACGGCGACGGCGGGUCGGACGCCGGCGACAACGAGCAGAUGCACACGGGGUUUAUGCAGACCGGACCCAAGAACUACCGCGUGGGCAGCACCGUGGUCAACCUCAACAACUGCUCGGACGACGACAUCACGCCGGAGUUCCGGCAGAACGACAUCUGCCUGCAGGUUGAGUGUGGCGAGAACCGGGCGCUGAUGUACAUGUCCAAGUUGUACCAGGGCAGCAAGGGCAAGUGCAUCGAGCUGGGGGACAAGUGGUACACGCCCAACGAGUUCCAGGCGGUGUCUGGCAGGGAGUCGGCCAAGGACUGGAAGCGGUCAAUCCGGCACCACGGGCGGAGUCUCAAGCUGCUGCUGAGCAAGAACGUCCUGGACGUCCACCCCGCGGCCUGCAGGUGUGACUCGUGCAGUCAGCUACAGCUGCUG